CUCACCCUCGCAUUUUCCUCGCGCCCGGUCAGAUCUCGUGAGACACUAUAUACAUCGCCAUCUCAUACCCUGAAUUCGGCCGCUGCUGUCACCAUCUCCAUUCGCGAGACUGCAGUUACCAUGACGACUCCAGGACGGCUGUCCUUACCGGCGCUAUUCUUACUGACACUUUCAUCGAUUGCAUACUCGGAUAAUGAAGAACACAAAUCUAUCGACCAAAUCAUAAUGGAAGCAGCUCCAAAAGCGGAAAUGUUCGACGUGCUUCACCUGAGUCCAGAAGGUGACGUCAUGAUGAUGGUGGAGCUGGACAUCAUGAUGAGCCUCAAGCAGUACAUGGAGUUGAAAAGAGUCCCGGAAGUGACGCGCAACAAGCGCAAAGCGCUGAGGGCGACGGACAUGAGAUGGAGAGACUGCACCGUGUACUACGAGUUCAGCAAUGACCUGCAAGGUGACAGAAAUGUGAUACACGAAGCAAUAGCAGAGUGGGAAAAAUACACUUGUUUGGACUUCAAGCAAGCCAACUCCUCCACCACAGAUAAAAUCAUCUUUCAGGACGGCAAUGGGUGCUUCUCUCGGCUUGGAAGAGUAGGAGGGCCGCAAGUUAUCGGACUUGGUAGGGGCUGUUUUCAAAAAGGCGUGGUGGUCCAUGAAAUCGGCCACGCGAUUGGCUGGAUCCACGAGCAGGCGCGACCAGAUCGAGACUCUUACAUCCGGGUCAACUACAACCGCAUUCCACAGCCAUGGCAUCCGCAGUUCGACAAGUUUGAGAGCAGCGUGAUAAACACAUACAACAUAGAAUACGACUAUCGUAGUGUAAUGCACUACAGCGGAAAUGCACUAGCAGAGAGAAGCAUAGAAACGCUGGAUCCGGCUUUUCAAGAUGUCAUCGGCCAACGAAGCGGCCUGAGUUUCCGCGACAUCAAGUUAGCGAACAUCAUGUAUGAGUGUGCUCAGAGAAAGGGCUGCACAACUACAGACUGUAGUUCGUUCGGUAAAGAGGCAUUCAUGGACAAGAAUUGUGACUGCGUCUGUCCCGGUAACGACACUCACCCAGCAGUCCGGUGCGUGCAACAGGAUAGAACUACAAGAUCUCCUGCAACAACUACCAAACUUGCCACAACUACAAGAACUACGGAGAAACUGGAGCCCAUGGCGUGCACGGACUUGCGACCGGACUGUCAACACCUAGUCACACUGAACGAGUGUAGAAUGAAUCCAUCCCGGAUGCUCAUGUACUGUAAAAAAGCCUGCAACUUCUGUGACAAAGACGACAGCAGCUUGUGUAUGGACUUUGACCCUUCUUGUCCGAUGCUGGCGCAGUCCAACUUCUGCGAGAACUCUAAGUUCGCGUACUUCAUGAGCAUGAAAUGCAAGAAGUCGUGCAAGAUGUGCGCUACAACAGAUCCAUGUCAGAUGCAAAAAGACUUGGGACUGGAUCAGAACAGUGGACACAGGCUCUCUGCUUUCAGCCACUUGUUUUUAAUAAUCCUAACUCUAAUAGCUAGUCGACACUUCAGCUAAAUAUUGAAGUCGCCCAAGUGUUAAAGGUGACUGUAGUUUUCUGCAUACUGACAUCACUAAACCAGUCCGAUAGCUUGUCAGUGGUUCCAAUUCGUUCAUCAGUCAAACUCAUGUGAAAACGUGCAUCAGGAACAAUUCACUCUCUUCCUCGCGGCAUGUUUGUAAAGGAUUAAGCGCAAAGACAUGCUACACGUUUGUUUCUACAAGUUUUGAAUAAAGAACCAUACAACUGACUCUCAAACUCUAAAAAUGCUGCAGAAGUGUCUGGCAACGCAGCAGUAGUAUUACAAGGACACAGUAUAAUGCAUACUGCCAGCGUUACUUAAAUGUUGUCAAAACACCAGAAAAUAAAACAGGUGAAUAUUG